AUGAAGUUUGCAUAUAAGUUUAGUAAUUUGCUUGGUGCAGUUUAUCGUAAAGGAGAUUUAAUAUUUUCUCCAGAUGGAUCAUCAGUUAUAAGUCCUGUAGGAAAUCGAAUAACAAUAUAUGAUUUAAAAAAUAAUAAGUCAAAUACAUUGCCUGUAGAAAGUCGAUAUAAUUAUAGAAACAUUGACUUAUCGCCUAAUGGAACAUUAUUAAUUGCAAUUAAUGAAGUGGGUGAAGCUCAUAUAAUUAGUAUGAUUAGUAAAAUGGUAAUACAUAAAUAUAAAUUUAAACAACGUACUAGAUGCGUGAAGUUUUCUCCAGAUGGCAAACAUUUUGCAGUAUGUAAAGAAAAUAAUGUUUUUAUCUUUAAUGCACCUGGUUUGCAAACUGGUGAAUAUAAUCCAUUUAUUAUGGAACGUGUAUUUCAUGCAUCCAUGAAUGACACAACCUGUAUUAAUUGGUCUUUUGAUUCAAAAUUAUUAGCUGUUGGUUCUAAAGACAUGUCUACCAAAAUUUAUAGUUUAGAAAAGUAUGCAAACUUCAGGUAUAUUAGUCUUGGGGGCCAUUUUGAUGGAAUUGUAGCAUGUUUUUUUGAAAAAAAUAAUUAUGAUUUAUGUACAAUUAGCAGAAAUGGACACCUUUGUAUUUGGGAAUGUGCAAUUGAUCCAGAAGAUUUAAUGCCAUGGGAACCACCUCCACUUAAGAAAGACAAAAAAACAGAUAGCGAUGAAGAAGAUGAUGUCAAUAUUGAAAAAGCCAUAGAGAAAACAGAUAAACAGGCCAAAGUCUAUGAAUAUAAUUUAGAAAAAUCACGAAAUUUACCUGAAUCGGAUGUAAAGAAUAUUGAAAGUGAGACAGAAAUUAAACAAUUACGUUACACUAAAUUGUGUCGUCACUACUUAGCUAAUGAGGUUCAAAAACAAGAAGAAGGAAAAAUAGUGCUUACUGCUGCUGGAUAUCAUCAGCAAACAAAUAUUUUAGUUGUAGGAUUUAAUAAUGGUUCAUUUUACUUAUAUGAAAUGCCAGAUGUAAAUAUGAUACACUCUCUAAGUAUAUCAAACCAAUGUAUUUCAUCAAUUGCUAUAAAUACGACUGGUGAUUGGAUAGCCUUAGGAUGUUCUACAGCUGGUCAAUUAUUAGUAUGGGAAUGGCAAAGUGAAACUUAUGCCAUGAAACAACAAGGUCACAGUAAUAAUAUGAACUGCUUAGCAUAUAGCCCUGAUGGCCAAUAUAUUGUUACUGGAGGCGAUGACGGGAAAGUUAAAUUAUGGAAUACAAUGAAUGGAUUCUGUUCUAUUACAUUUCAAGAACAUAUGUCUACGAUAACAGGAGUCGCAUUUAGUCAUAAUAGGAAAUUUAUUGUUUCUGCAUCACUUGAUGGAACUGUUAGAGCAUAUGACUUAACAAGGUAUAGGAAUUUUCGAACUCUUACUUCCUUGCGACCAGUACAAUUUUCCUGCGUUGCUUUAGAUUCAAGUGAUGAGUUUCUUGCAGCCGGUGGCCAAGAUUUCUUUGAAAUUUAUUUAUGGAGUAUGAAAUUGGGUACACUUCUAGAGAUAUUAGGUGGUCACGAAGGUCCAGUCGUUAGUUUGGCAUUUAAUCCAAAUACUGCAUGCACAGAAUUAGUAUCUGUAUCUUGGGAUAAAACUUUGAAAAUAUGGAAUGUGAUCGAAAACGGCUCUUCACAUGACACAAUACAAUUAACUGCUGAUGGUAUAUAUGUAACAUAUAAACCAAAUGGGGAAGAAGUGGCAGUUGCAACUUUGGAUGGGCAAAUCUCGUUUUUUCAUUGUAAAACAGCAGUACAAAUUGGUAGCAUUGAAGGGAGGAAUGAUUUAGGUAGUGGAAGAUCUGAUACUGAUCUUAUUACGGCUAAGAAGAGCCUAAAGGGAAAGGCCUUUUCUACUCUUUGCUAUUCAGCUGAUGGUAUGUGUAUAUUAGCUGGUGGUCAAUCCAAAAAUAUAUGCAUUUACAAUGUACAGGAAUUUAUACUCAUAAAAAAAUUUGUAAUAACACAGAAUAGGUCAUUAGAUGCAGUUGAUGACAUUAUCAAUAGACGAAAUUUAACAGAAUUUGGAAAUUUAGCAUUAGUGGAAGAACGUGAAGAAAACGAAGGGGGAAAUGUAAAGUUACGAUUACCAGGCGUUAGAAGUGGAGACAUGGCAAGCAGAAACAUAAAACCGGAAGUCAGAGUUUAUAGUUUACAGUUUUCUCCAACAGGACAAGCUUGGGCUGCUGCAACGACAGAAGGAUUAUUAAUAUAUUCGUUAGAUGCUGGAUUAGUAUUUGAUCCAUUCCAGUUAGAAUUAGGAAUUACACCAGAAACCGUAAAAAAAAUUUUGAAUGAAAAGGAAUAUGGAAAAGCAUUAAUGAUGGCUUUGAAACUAAAUGAAAAAUUGUUAAUAAAAUGUGUUAUAGAAAAUAUUCCAUGUUCAGAUAUAUAUUUAACAGUGAAAGAUUUAUCCGACAUUUAUAUUGAGAAAAUUUUGAAAUUCAUAGCAUCAGAGCUAGAGUUUACGAGGCACAUACAUUUUUAUUUUCUUUGGAUAGAAAUUAUAUUAACCAACCAUGGACCAAGGAUAAAUACGGCGCUUCAAAUGCCGAUAUUAUUGAUAUUACAAAAAAACAUGCAAAAAAAAUACGAUGAUCUGAGCAAAAUAUGUGACUUUAAUCAAUACACAAUGAGUUAUUUAAAAAAAGUUGCAGAUUAUAAAGCGAAAAAAGUACUUUCUUAUAAGGAAAAAAUGGAAACUGAUGAUGAAUUUGAAAACUCUUCAAUAGAAGAAAUAGAAAUUGACUAA